AGGCGGGCGAGGCACUGGUUUAACGCAGUCUUAAUCAGGCGAUACACACACGCACGGGACGCCACCUCUCGCUGCGCGUCAAGCUGCGUCAUCUGUUGCUGCCUCGGGAGAGCAGCUUCAAACACUGCAACCCCGUGCUGCAGGAGCGCAGACGCGCCGCACAAAUAUGGCGCCGUCACGGCGCGCAGCAAUGCGCCUGUCAGCUGUGCUGCUUGUGUGUUGCACCAGUGCUGCCUCACGCGCGCGACGCGGCACGCUGCAGCUCCGCGUCCGCGGCGGCCACGUCAAGGCGCAGCCGCCGCGCCUCAAAACGAUCAGAGGCGGCACGGCCGACCCCAUCCCCACACCGGUCCCCAAGGAGACGCCCAUCGCCGACGCGGCCCUCGCCGGCACGCUCGCGGCGGCCGCGGGCACGGUGGCGCUGCACCCGAUCGACACGAUAAAAACCGUGCAGCAGACGGGUCUGAGUCUCGGCCCGGCCUGCUCGAAAAUUUGGCAACGGGGCCAGCUCGGGGCCUUCUACGACGGCGUGACGCCCUAUGUAUUAGGAGACGGCCUGAGCUCCGCAGUCAAGUUCGCGGUCUAUGAAAAGCUCAAACAGACCGCAUCGAAGAAGCUGCCGGAGGACUACAUCCCGCUGGCGCGCUUCGCCUGCGCCGCCGUCGCCUUUUUAUGUUGCAGCGUCAUCCUCGUGCCGGGCGAGCUUCUGAAGAUAAGAAUCCAGAACGGCAUGUAUCCGAACAUCGUCGCCGGCUCGCUACAAAUGAUCCGCGACGAAGGCCUGCGGGGCUGCUUCACGGGCUACCGCGCCACCCUCUUUAGGGAUGUGCCGUACACGAUGGGCGAGCUCGGGCUCUAUGAUCUGCUCAAGGGGUUUGUCAGGAGAUUAAGGAGGCGCACGACGUCGUCGUCGGGCGACGAGCUCCUGGCCGCGGCAUUGACAGGGGCCGUCGUGGGCUUCGCCACGAAUCCAUUGGAUGUCGUCAAGACGCGGAUCAUGACGGGCGGCGGCGCGGGGCCCGUGGCGGUCUUCCGGAAUACGAUCGCCGCGGAGGGCUGGGGCAGCCUGCUCAACGGCGCCGGCGCGCGCGUCUUCUGGCUGGCGCCCUUCACGGUCAUCUACUUCGGCGUGUACGAGUGGCUGAAGCGCGCGCUGGUCCGGAGCCGCGCGGCGAAGGCGUGAGCGUCGUCGUGUGCAUAUCUAUAUACCGUUGUGUCUAAUUAUCUAUCUCGAGC